CGAGGUAACAGUGUGUAUCUUCUUGAAAUGUGUAUAAGUGAUCCUGAUUAACUGUGUUAUAAUGUUACAAGUUAAUUUUAAAAAAGAAAACGUUUUAUUUGUUCCUUUUUGUUUCAUGUUGAAGACUUUUAAUUGUAUUUUACUUUAUACACUGUAAAUGAAUAAAUCUAUUAUUUAUUAAUCAUAUAAUUUUAACAAUUGGUUAAUUUUGUAACAAUUUAUUAAAAUUUAUUGUAAAUAGAGAGAUAAUAAAGUUUUCUAAAUUGCAACUCACGAGUACUACUGAUUUCUUUUUUUUAUGUAUUAAACUAAGCAUAGAAAAUGGAUGCAGGUUACUUGGAAAGAAGGAAAAUUUGAAUUUUGACGUUUGUCAAGUAGCAAAAAAGGAAAUUUCUGCAAAAAGCUUUUAAAAAAUGUUUCAUAGGUUAGAAAAAUGUUAAUUACAAAGUUUUCGACAUUACCGACAUUUACCACAUUUCUUACAUAUUUUCUACACUGCAUAUAAAUAGAUAUUAUUUAUUAUUCCUAUGUCCUGUCCACGAACACAUAAUUAAAUUAUUAAAUUAUUAUUUAUUACUUCAAUGUCCGUAACACUUCUUAAAUAACUAUUGUUCAUAGGUUGAAAAUAUACUAAAUAUAAAAUGGCGAGCUAGUAUUUCAUAUGAUUAUUUUAAUAUCAUUUUUAAACUGAGUGUAGGAAGAUCUGUUUUAAUUUAAUCAAACAAAAUAAUUUAUUUACCCACUAUAAAGUUUUCCAAUUAAUGUGCCAUGAAUUCAUUCAAUCCAACGAUUGAAUCUAUUCAAAACUCUUCUACCCUGCCUAUUAAUGAGGAACAUAAUUGCACUGCUAUUAAUGAGACCACCGGGGAAGUUUGCGGUGAAACCGAAAGUCUGAAAAUUAUUAAUGAAUUUCAGAAAUUAUACGAGACUCGGAUUCAAAAUGUCGAUCACGAGCUUGAAAAUGAAUUUGAUCAAGUUUGCAUGAAAUUAGAAAUAUCCAAAGAAUGGAUUAAAAAUUUAAGAGAACAAAAUGUUAUGUUGGUGCGAGUAGUGGAAGAUUUAGAAGAGAUUGCUUGCAACAGAGUUCAAUUACUAGAACAAAAAUUAAAACAGUCAUCAAUGAUAGUUUCUGAAAAUAUGUCAAAAUCAAAUCAUACGGAAAAGAAUAUACAUACACUUUCGAAUCGUAUCAAUAAUUUAGAAAAAGAUGAAGAAUAUAUGAGGCAAAAAAUUGAAUUUCUUCAGAGUGAUAUCAGAGGGUUAUUGGAAUUAAUACGACGAGCUGUACAAGAAAAUAAUUGGAACUUGGAUGACAUCAAAUUUUUGGAAAUACAACCCAGUGACAUUCCUGCUCCUGUUAAUUGUACCUGUGACCAGGAAGAGAUAAGUUACAAAAAGAUGCAAUCUUUGAAAUUACAAAUUGAACGUCUGCAAGAAAAGGAAAAUAAAAUGGCUGGAUAUCAAAAAGAAUUAGAGAACAAGUUAAUCGAUCUAAACACAAAAUUACAAGCUAAGGAAGAUGUUAUAAAAAAAUACGUUUCCCAGUUUCAAAACUUCAGUGAUAAUCUUAAAAGGCAAGCUAAGUUUGAAGAUGAAAUUGCGUGCAGUAGCGAUCGACAAACGUUUGAUGAAACAUGUGCAGCACCAAGUGUCUCUGUGGAUAUGAAGACAUUUCAACAGGAUACCAAAAUGUUAAACAACCCUAUAAAUCAGCAGAAUCAAAUAAUAUCAUAUUUGACAAAAGUAAAACUGUUAAUGGAGCAGGAAAAGGAUGAUCUGCUUAACUUAAAAAUGGAAUUAGAGAAAACUAUAGAAAAAUUAUGCUGUGGCAAAGAUGAAGAUUAUGAAUGCGAUGCGAGUAACAUAAUGCAUAAACUGACAAAAGGUAUUGAAUAUAUAAAUAAAAUGUAUUCAAGAAAGGAGGAGUCAGUUGCAGUUAUUAAAUCACUUUCGUGCGUAGACAUUAAUGGACAGUUUAAGUUAAUGGAUGUACUUAGGGCGUGUGCUAUCGAGGCCCAAGUUACUAUGGAAAACAUUAAAGAUGAAAUGAACGUGAUUGUUUCUACGUUUAAAUUUAGACAUCAAAAGUACGUUGAUUUAAACAAAGAGGUUCUAGAUGUACAAAAUCAACUAAUAAGGAGUGAAGAAAAAAUAUCAGAAACAAUUAACAAAUUGCAAUUACAAGAAAAAGAGAGGGCAAGACGUAACGAAAGAAUUACUUCAGGAAGAAUGAAAUUGAAGGACAUGAAAAAUGAAAUAAAUCAUGCUCAGUCUCGGUUCUUGGUUCACAUUAAUGAAAUAGAAGAUAAUGUAUCGGAAAACAUAUCCGGGUAUACAGAAAUGUGUAUUUGUAAUGAGUUACUUCAUUCGGUAAUCGAAGAAAUAGAAGGAACAUCAAAUAAUUUACAAGUAUAUCAAGAUCAAUGCUGUGUCUCGUCAGAUCUAGAAGAACUGAGGAACCAGUUUUAUAAAGUUAAUUCUUCCAUAGAGAAAUUACAAGAAAAAACAGAUGAAGCAUUAUCAGAACAUAACAUAGUGGAAACAACUCUUUUGCAAAAAGAACAAAAAUUGGAACAAUUAGAAAAAGAAGUAGAUAGAAUUCAUUCAAAAAUACAAAACUUAUUGGAAAGGUUUCUUUCUCCAAACGAACAGGUAUCUGAUGGUAAUGUUAUCGAGCCUCAGUUAUAUACACAGACUUUAAAUGAAAUACUGCAAACCAAACAAAAUUUAUAUAAAUUAAGAAAAGAGCAUGACGAGUUAAAGUCUAAAAUUUCUCAGAAAACAGCUUAUCAAGAGUGCAAUGAGAAAACAUGUUUAUGGAAAUCUAGAGUAACCGAUUUACAAGAUCAAGUUAAAAUAUUACAGCAUGAGGCAAAGUGCAAUGUAGAAACAAACAAUUUUUUAAGAAAUAGUAUUGAAUCAAUGGAAGAAGAACGUCGUAUAGCGCGAGUAAAGUCAGAAAAUUUUCAACGAUCUCACUCCAUUGACAACAUGGAACUAAAAAAACAAAUUAUAGAAUUAGAAAAUACUCUCAAAUUGCAAAAAGAAAUUGAAGUUACUCUUCGACAACAGCUUAGUGAUAACGAAAUUGAAUUUAAAAAAUCUAAAGAACUACUAAAUUGUUGUCAUUUUGAACAUAAUAGCGAGGAAACAUUGAUCCGCUGUGGAUGUUACCAAUUUAAGCACGAUACAAUGAUUGUACCUCAAUUAUUCAAAACGCUCCAAAACACCAUGAAAUCUACAAAAUGUGGUCUUCAAGAACUUAAAGCAGAAUUGAAAAAAUUGAUUUAUGAAGAUUUAUCGAACAUCGGUUCCUCUGCAAAAUCAGUAAUGAAUAUAAUAGACAAAUUAGAGAAGUAUGAAGAUGAGUUAGAUAAUUGUUCUCAAGAAAUUGACAAACUAAAAAAUACUUUAUAUUCUAAAGAUAAACUUCUGGAGAAUAUGGAUGAAAUAAUUAGAAUUCAGAAGGAUUCGAUUGUGAUGACGCAAGCUGAAUUGAAAGAACUUCAACAGAAGCUGCAGAAAAAGAUCGAUAAUCAGGAUCAAAUAAUAUCUCAAUACGAAAAGGAAAAAAAAGAAUUAAUUAAACAGAAUGAACUUCAGGUUCAAACAAUUGGUCAUUUACAAAAUGCUGUAGUAGAAGCUAAGAAAUGUAUAGAUCAAAUGGGACAUAAAACUAUGAGUGACCUUCAAGAAAAGAGUGAAAUCAUCCAUUCGCUGACAGUGUACAUUGAAGAAGCACAAAGUCAGUAUAAUGAAUGCUUUUCGGAGGCUGCUAAGCAAGAUACGUUGUUGGAUUUACAAAGAGACGAGAUUCGUAAUCUACAAGAAAAAAUUAGUUCCAGAAAAAUUGAUAAUUGUUUAACAAUUAUUGAAUAUUACUCAAUUUUGAAAACAGUACAGGAGCAAUUGGAGGGCCGUGUUAACGAUAUGCAACUUCUAAAAGACAAGGUAAAAAAUUUCUCUUUGCUUAUCAUUGCAAAACAUUAUAUUCUUUUGUUGCAGAUUGAUACUUUGCACAAGUCAAAAUGUUAUUUGCAAACUACAUGUAUAAAUAUGAAAAAGUUGUGGCAAGAAGCAGAAGGAAAAUUGCAAGAAUUAAAAAGAGAAGUAUUGAAACCAGAACAAACAGUCAAGUGCACUGAAGAUAAAGAAAGUCAGUGUAAAGUUGAAGUUGCAGAUAAAGAGUGCGCGAUCGAAGAUACUAAUAAUUUUUAUAGCCCGUUAUGCGGUGCUAAAGAUUCUUCCUACGAACAUGAAUUACAAUCAGAAAUCAAUAUCUUAAUGAGAGAGAAUGAAGAUAUGAAAAAGCAAUUGCAAAAAUAUAAAUUAGAUUUUGACAUAAUUGAAAAGGAACUGAAAAUAGAAAGGGAGAAUGACACUUAUACCCAGCAAAUUUUAUUCGAAUUACAGAAAUUAAGAGAUACAGGAUGUUGCUUACAGUAUGAAAACGAACAACUUAAAGCCGAAUUAAAGAAACAAACGAACAAAACAGAGGAUUUGGUGGAGAAGUUGCAGUAUAUUAAAGAAAAUGACGUGAAAUUUGGAAAAUUGUUGAAAAAAUUAGAUGAUAAACAGAUGCAGAUUAACAAUUUAUAUGGUCAAAUAACGAACAACGAAAUUACCAUAAAGAAGCAAGCAGAAACUAUUGAAGAGCUAAAAAAGAAAUUGAAUACAAAGAAUCAACAAAUCGAAGGAUAUUUAUCCGAAUUAAAUGAAACAGAAGAGGAGAUGACAAUUUUACAUAACCAGAUACAAUCAUUGAAAAACAUGUUAAAUGAAAAAUCAAACGAUAUGGCUAAAUUGCAAGCGGAUAAUAAAAUGUUAAAGAAUGAUAAUUCUAUAUUAAGAAUGGAAAACAGCACUUUUGAGAAUAAAUCAAAAGAAGAUAUUUAUCAGUUGCAAGUGAUGUUGAACAAGGUACAAACGCAGUUACGUUUUACCGAAAACAAUUACCACUGCGUUACAGAAGAUUUUAAUAAAACGCAAGAGCAAUUAAUUAAAAUGACAAAACGUGAAGCAGAUUUACAAGAAUGUUUAACAAAUAUGGAAAAGGAGUAUUGUUUAAAGCUAUCAAAUAUCGAGGAAGAAAAAGCUAAACUUGGAGACUGUUUAGAUAAACUUAGAGAUGAAUUAGAAGAGAUUCAAAGAAAUUAUUCAUCAAAAAGUGGGGAACAUUGCAAACUCCAAGAUAUUUGCAAAUCUUAUGCAGAACAAUUAGACAUUUUACAGCAGCAGAUCGACAAAGAACGUGAAAAGGUUAAAAAAAUGGAAGAGUCAAAUCGGUGCAUGGCGCAACAAUUGCAAGAAUACAGAGAACAGAAUUGUAUUCUUCUUCAAGAUAAAGCACUGGCAGAACAAAAUAAUUGCAAAGUUAUUUCGGAGCUACAAGAGACUCAUAAAUGUUUAUUGGAACUGAAAAGAGAAUGUCAAUUAAAAAAUAAAUCUCUAGCUUGUAUAUCUGCAGAACUGACAGAGACAGCCAUAAGUAGAUCAGAACUUUGCAAUCAGUCGCAAUACGUUGUUUCUUGCAUUCGUGUUUGGAUGGAGGAGCAACGGGAAUAUAUGAACAAACUUAACUUGUCACUGAAGUCUCAACAACAGGAGUUAUUACAGCUUGAAUUUGAGAAAAAGGGUUUGUUGGAAGAAGGAAAAAAAUUAAGACGUAUAAAUCACUUACUGACUCAAAAAUUGAAAAAGAUACAUAGAUACGGGAGUAAAAAUGUUAAAAAUGUCUGCGUAGAGUGCCAAAUACUGCCGCCAACUGUUGAUAUACACCUUCCUAUGUACUCUAAACACUCAUCUCCGCAAAAGAAACUAAGUCUUACGAAAACAGCCCGCCGUAUUUCGGCAGGUGGAAAUGCUUGGUGGUAUCCUAAAAUGCAAUAUUUAAUAAACGAGCUAAGAAAAAGCAAGUUGAAAUAUAAUGAAAACUGUUAUAAUGGAACGAAUGCUGAUGUAGGAUUAGAAGAAAGUCGAGACUGCGGUUAUCAAUCAUCUACUAGUAAAUGAAAACGUUAUAAAACGUAAUUGCUGAAAAAAACAAUGACCUUUUAUAAUGAAAGUUCUGACAACUUGAUCACUAACUCGUCAGAUUUUUUUUUUAUACUUACAUAAAUGAAAAACGCGGUUUUUAAGUAUAAAUAUAUAUUUACUUUAAAUUUGGUUAAUCAUCUUGGUUUGAACUUGUCUGAUUAUUUAAGUUCAUAGAAAAACAAUAAUAUGUGUGACAUAGAAUAUGAAUUAAUACAAGAUUUUCCAUAUACAUUUCAUGAAAUGCUUUAAAUAGAAGUUUGCAUUCAGCCACAGUAAAUAUCUCCAUACUUUUUGGAGGAUCCUAAAAAUUAGACAUUAUCAGAUAUUAAAGAUUUGCUUUAAAUCAUUGGCGUAACUAGAUAGGGGCCAGGGUGGUCCUGGCACCCUCCAAUUUAGAAAUUUAGGAAGUUUUAGGCCCACCCCAUCCAAAAAUUCUAGUUACGCGAAUGCUUUAAAUAUAAAUGCAUUUAUCAGUAUCAAUAUAAAUACUUUGUAAAUUUCAAUGCAUUGAUACAAAUUAUAUGUAACAACUAAAAAAGAAAAUUUUGAGUAAAUAACCGCAGUUAGAAAUUUGAUAUCUAAUUCUAAAUGCGGAAUCUUUUUAGCACUUUUUAUACAAGACUUCUUAAAUUAUUCUACUUUUUUUUUGCAAUACUUUUCAUAAAUAUUUAUUAUUGUCCUUAUCAAAUUUUAAUGAAUGUAAGAAGCA